ACUCUCUCCGCAACUUUUAUUUCAUUUUCCUAUAAGUAAAACAUUUCUUCUUUCUUUCCUCUUCCACUUUAACUCGCUAUAUUCUCCGGAAAGAAUGGCUUUACCGCGAGUUUUCUCUCUCCUCUCCGCCGUCACUCUCUCUCUUCUCCUCACCACCACCACCCAUGCUUCAUCUCGCUCUCUACUAACUCCACAUGAAACCACAGUCCUCGACGUCGUCUCAUCUCUCCAGCAAACCCAACACAUCAUCUCACUCGACCCGACUGUUUCCUCACUCACCACCACCACCACCACCAUACCCGAAUCCGACCCGGUUUUCCUCAACUCGUCCUCCCCACUAUCUCUCGAGCUCCACUCCCGAGACACACUCACCGCAUCGCAGCACAAGGACUACAAGAGCCUAGUACUGAGCCGAAUCGAGCGAGACUCAUCCCGAGUCGCCGGAAUCUUCACCAAGAUCCGGUUCGCCGUCGAGGACAUCGACAGAUCCGAACUCAAACCCGUCUACAACGACGACACCUCAUCAUACCGACCCGAGGAUCUGACCACCCCCGUCGUCUCCGGAGCCAGCCAAGGAAGCGGCGAGUACUUCUCCCGCAUCGGAGUCGGAACUCCGGCGAAGGAGAUGUUCAUGGUGCUCGACACCGGAAGCGACAUCAACUGGAUCCAGUGCCAGCCUUGCUCUGACUGCUACCAACAAUCCGACCCGGUUUUCGACCCGGCUUCCUCCUCCACGUUCAAGUCUCUCCCCUGCUCCGCUCCCCAGUGCGGUUCUCUAGAAAUCUCCGCCUGCCGCUCCGACAAGUGCCUCUACCAAGUUAGUUACGGAGACGGAUCUUUCACCGUUGGAGACUACGCCACCGAUACGGUGACGUUUGGUACCAACGGUAAAGUGAACGACGUCGCUUUGGGGUGUGGGCAUGAUAACGAAGGUCUUUUCACUGGAGCGGCCGGUUUACUCGGUUUAGGAGGUGGAGCUUUGUCUAUGACUAAUCAGAUCAAAGCGACGUCGUUCUCAUAUUGUUUAGUUGAUCGAGACUCGGGGAAGUCCUCAAGUCUCGACUUCAACUCGGUCCGAGGCGGAGCCGCCGCUUCAGAUGCGACGGCUCCGCUUCUCCGCAACAGCAAGAUCGACACCUUCUACUACGUCGGACUCAGCGGGUUCACCGUCGGCGGUCAGCAAGUCUCCAUCCCUUCGUCGGUCUUCGCCGUCGACGCUUCCGGCGCCGGAGGAGUGAUCCUCGACUGCGGAACCGCCGUGACUCGUCUCCAGACUCAGGCCUACAACUCGCUUCGCGACGCGUUCGUGAAGCUCACCUCGAACCUCAAGAGGGGGGAGUCGAGCAUCUCGCUCUUCGACACGUGCUACGACUUCUCGUCUCUCUCCACCGUGAAAGUCCCCACGGUGGCGUUUCAUUUCACCGGAGGUAAGUCGAUCGAUCUGCCGGCGAAGAACUACUUGAUCCCUGUUGAUGAUGCGGGGACGUUCUGCUUUGCUUUUGCUCCGACGUCGUCUUCGUUGUCGAUCAUAGGGAACGUGCAGCAGCAAGGGACGCGUAUCACUUACGAUCUGGCGAAUAAUCUUAUCGGGUUGUCAGCGAAUCAAUGCUAAAAAGGAAAGUGGAUGAUGAUGACGAUGAUGAUUAGUAGUUUUACAGUUCUAUCAGUAAAACUCUUAUUUGUUCUUUGUUUCUUUAAUAUGGAUUACAAAAUCUUAAGUGUGAAUCUUUUUAAUUAAUCAGUAGUUAAUUGUUAUAAAUUUGAAAAUGUUGUCUGAGCGAGAUGCUUUUUAGUUAUUGUCUGAUA